AUUCAUAUGAAGAUGGAGUUUAUGGCACUACUUGUCCAAUCCCUCCAGGGAAGAACUUCACUUACAUUUUACAAGGUCCUCAGUAGGCCUCUCAUUCCUGUUCCAUUCCCUCAACCAGCCGGAGAUUUCACUGUUCUUAUUGGAGAUUGGUACAAGUUUGAUCACAAGGUUUUGCAGGCUGUUCUUGAUCGUGGCCAUAAGCUUCCUUUCCCUCAUGGCAUUUUGAUCAAUGGAAAAAGGUCAAGUAAUGCAUAUUUCAUUGUUGACCAAGGCAAAACUUACAGGUUCAGGAUAUCAAAUGUUGGUCUCCAGAAUACACUGAAUUUCCGGAUCCAAGGUCACAAAAUGCGGCUAGUUGAAGUGGAAGGGACUCACACAAUCCAAAGCACCUAUGACUCAAUUGAUGUCCAUGUCGGUCAAUCCUAUUCUGUGCUUGUCACCAUGGACCAGCCUGCUCAGGAUUUCUACAUUGCGGUUUCAACCCGUUUCACCUCCAAGGUCCUCUACGCCGCUGCCAUCCUCCACUACAACAACUCUAACAAAGCUGUGUCAGGCCCCAUCCCCGGUGGACCAACCAUUGAAAUUGAUUACUCUCUUUAUCAAGCCAGAUCAAUUAGGACUAAUCUGACAGCUAGUGGACCAAGGCCUAACCCUCAGGGAUCAUUCCACUAUGGACUCGUUAACAUUACAAGAACAAUCAAGUUAGUGAGCUCAGCUGCUCAGGUGAAUGGCAAGCAGAGAUAUGCAGCCAACAGUGUGUCAUUUGUGCCGCCUGAUACACCCCUCAAGCUUGCAGACUACUUCAAGAUUGAUAGAGUUUUUCGAGUCGGAAGCAUCUCGGAUAAUCCAACUGGCGCAAAGAUGUAUCUUGACACAUCUGUCAUGGGUGCUCACUAUAGAGACUUUUUGGAGAUUGUAUUUGAGAACCCUGAAAACACUAUGCAGAGCUGGCACAUUAAUGGAUACAACUUCUGGGUGGUGGGAAUGAAUGGAGGAGAAUGGACUCCAAAGAGUCGGAAUCAUUACAACCUAAGAGAUGCAGUUUCACGUUGCACUACACAGGUAUAUCCCCAGUCAUGGACUGCAAUCUACAUGUCACUGGAUAAUGUGGGGAUGUGGAAUAUUAGAUCAGAGUUUUGGGCAAGGCAAUAUCUAGGGCAACAAUUUUACCUCAGAGUCUAUACACCAUCAAAAUCAACCAGGGAUGAGUACCUUCCUCCAAAGAAUGCCUUGCUCUGUGGCAGAGCUGCCGGCAGAAGCACAUAAUUUUCUGCAACACAAUUUGUUUCUAGAAUUUGUAUUCAUUUAUAUAUUCAUAGUAAAUGUAUGCAAACUCAACAUUCAUUUUCCCCAUCUGAAUUUGUCGUAAGGAGAAUAAUUAUUUUCAAGUCUG